AAUAAAAAUGAAUGUUUCUCUUUCUAGAAAAAAUUCUUAAGUUUACACCCUGGAGCAGCAGUAUUGAAGAAUUUUAGAUACAUAGUUUUAUUUGUCUAUGUUCUUGCAUUUUCGGCGCCUUUGAAUUUCUUUCUCGUUUUCUUCACCAGUUUCAGGAAUUAGGCGAUUUCAUGAAAGAACUUUAGAUGCUUUGGUAUGAUUACUGAGAUUGCUCCCUUUGUUCAGUCGUUCACAUAUAUGGAUUCAAAUAGUAUUUUUGAGGAGUUAGCAGUUUCUUUGCAAUCAUGCGAACCAUUUAGCGUAGCUGGGAUUGACUGCACAAUUGAACCUGAUUUUGAGGACACUGGUUUUGUUGCUUCCUUGGAAUCUAUCAAUAUUGUUGAGCAUUCCGUAUUGAGAGGUGAUGAAGAAAAAGACAAUACUCCAGAAAUCCCAUGUUCAGAUCCUAGAAAGAAUGUUGGAAUGAGUAAAGUAAACGAGAAUGCACGACUGAAUGAUAAAGCAAUGAGACGAGAGAGCAAAGCCAUAAAGAAGGAGCCAUUUUUUAAUUCAAUUUUUCUGAAUGUUGCCAGAAGGAGGAGAACCUAUAUAUGCAAACCAGAACGUUCUUCUAAUUGGGGGUCAUUAGACAUUACACAACUCUUUGUUGAUCCUGUUGAUGUACAUGAAAGUAAGCAUACUAAAACUCAAAUAGGGAAACAUGUUGCAGGCAGCAGAAACAAGAAAAAAGAAGGUAAAAGUUCAAAAAGAUCAGAACAAUAUAACAGUGCGUCUACUGGCCCUAUUCGCCUUAAGGUUAGAUUAGGUAAUGAGCCAGACAGAAAUUUCCUAGUUCAAAAUGUAGAGGAUAAUGUUAAAAUAAAUCGUCCCAUUUCGAAAAUGCAUGUUAUGGUCCCUUCAGAUCUGCAUCUGCCAGAAUUGGUUGGUAAAGAUGGAAAGAGAGACGUUAUGCUUCUUCAGGCAGAUAAUUGCAAUACAGAUGAUAGGUUUCCUAGCCCAGAAAUCAUAAACAAUGUUAUUUUAUUUGAGAAUCAACACCAGAAGAGGGAGAAUGGACAGGCUGAUAUAUGUGGUAAUCAUGAUGUGGGGUUUGAAUCAACUGAUUCAAAUGUCCCCAAAGAAUUACUUGUAUAUGCUAAGGGGCGUAAGAACUCCAAAAGUUCAAAAUCUAGAAUAGUUGGUGAAAACUUGCAGGAGGUUACUAAUUCUUUGGAUAAACAAAAAGGCAAAGCUUUUAGACCGAAAGGUAACAAUGGAAAACCAGUUAAUAAGAAGAAACCGAAAGAGGAAGGCGGUCAUAGUCAAGAUGUUUGCAAAAUUGAAAAUGAUCAAGAAACAGUUGACGUUGAAGGGAACAAGUCAGAUAAUCUUCCACAAGUCAAAAGCAGAAUUGGGAAUUCAAUGGAGGUUGAGAGCAAAUCAAACAUGACUUUGCAGUGUCCAUCCCCCAGGAUUGCUUGGGUGUGUUGUGAUGAUUGCUUAAAAUGGAGGCGUAUAGAAUCUACUCUUGCAGACUCCAUUGAAGAAACAGACUGCAGAUGGACUUGCAAGGAGAGUAUGGACAAAGACUAUGCCGACUGCUCAGUACCCCAAGAGAUGUCAAAUGAUGAAAUUAACGAGGAGUUGGAAAUAUCAGAUGUGUCUUGUGGGGAAGAUCCUUCUAAUGGUUAUUAUUCCAAGAAAUCUGAACAUAAACUAUAUACAGCUCCUCAACAAACAGCUUGGGCGCUUAUCAAAUCAAAUAUGUUUCUGCAUCGCACCCGCAAAUCUCAAACAAUUGAUGAGAUAAUGGUUUGCCACUGUAAACCAUCUCGUGAUGGAAAAAGGGGUUGUGGUGAUGGCUGCUUGAAUCGAAUGCUUAACAUUGAAUGUGUACAAGGGACUUGCCCUUGUGAGGAGCUUUGUUCGAAUCAGCUGUUCCAGAAACGGAAUUAUGCCAAAUUAAAUUGGUUUCGUUGUGGGAAGAAAGGCUAUGGGCUCCAGGUGGUUGAGGACAUUCGUGAAGGACAAUUUCUUAUUGAAUAUGUUGGGGAGGUGCUUGAUAUGCAUGCUCAUGAAGCACGGCAAAGAGAAUAUGCUGCCAACGGACAUAAACACUUUUACUUCAUGACCUUGAAUGGCAGUGAGGUUAUAGAUGCAUGUGCUAAAGGGAAUUUGGGCCGUUUCAUAAACCAUAGCUGUGAGCCAAAUUGCCGAACCGAAAAGUGGAUGGUGAAUGGAGAAGUUUGUAUUGGACUUUUUGCUGUUCGUGAUAUUAACAAGGGUGAAGAGGUCACAUUUGAUUAUAAUUAUGUCAGAGUAUUUGGUGCUGCUGCAAAAAAAUGUGUGUGUGGGUCAUCUCUGUGUCGAGGAUAUAUAGGUGGUGAUCGAUCAAAUGACGAAUUGAUUGUUCAAGAUGAUUCAGAUGAGGAAUAUCCUGAACCCCUAAUGGUGUAUAAAGAAGAUGAUAUUGAUGAUGAUUUGAGAAAUUUACUAUCUAUAAACUAUUCCUUUGAUGAUGUUGAAACUCAUGCUAUAAACAUCAAACCAGAAGUGGAUUCUGUCAGGCCCAACAAUCUUCUUGAAGAGAUAGUAAUCUCAGGACCAAGAAAUCUGAAGACAUUGUCGGAAGACAAGGAUGAAUCUUUGGAGGUUGUAGGAAAAGCACAUACUUCAAAUACAUCUGUACAGUUAUCAUCUGAGAAUUCAGUGGAGAAAUUCUCAGAGUCUGCUGAAUUGUCUGAACUUUUGCCUCAGAUAGACAAAUCUCAAACUAUCACAAAAAAUACUCAGCAAGAUUUAUCAGGACAAAGAUUGAGCAAUCAUCCUGUCCAUAUCCAAAAUUCAGACACUUCUUCAUUGACUGUUAAAGGUGAAUCAUUUUCUGAAGCAAGGGAUAUUGUGAAGAAAUGCAAAGCUGAUGUAGCUUUGAAUUUGCAAGCCAAAACAAAAACUUCACGUCCAUGUUCUGCUGUCAAGAAGGAGAAGGUUAAGGCUAGCAGGAAUCUUGACAAACCCCAUAUGGUGGACAACAAGUCUCAUGUUCCACCAUUUAAAACAAACAAAAUGAUGACAAAUUCUUCAAAUAGCCGAUUUGAAGCGGUUGAGGAGAAACUCAAUGAGUUGCUGGACUCAGAAGGGGGAAUAAGCAAAAGAAAUGAUUCCACCAAGGGCUACUUGAAGCUUCUUCUGUUGACUGCUGCUUCUGGUUAUUGUGGCAGUGGUGAAGCCACCAUUCAGAGCAAUCGAGACCUGUCCAUGAUACUUGAUGCCCUGCUGAAAACAAAGUCGCGAAUGGUUUUGGUUGAUAUUAUUAAUAAGAAUGGUCUGCAGAUGCUUCACAACAUAAUGAAAAAGUACAGAAGGGAAUUCAACAAGACACCAAUUCUCCGGAAGCUUCUAAAGGUUUUGGAAUAUCUUGCCAUAAGGGAGAUACUUGGUUUGGAACAAAUUAAUGGAGGUCCACCUUGUCCUGGAGUAGAGAGCUUUAGGGUGUCAAUGUUGUCAUUGACAGAGCAUGCUGACAAGCAGGUCCAUCAGAUUGCACGAAACUUUCGAGAUAAGUGGAUCCAGAAGUCUAUCAGGAAAAUCAGUUCCAUGAACAACCAUCAUCGGGGUAGCAACAACUGCAACAAAUAUCUGCGUAGGUCUGGAUGGGACGUGAGAACUCCUCCUGAAGUGCCACCAGAUAAUAAUAACAAGAAGAAGGUCCCCACAGUACCUUCUUCUUCUUCUACAGUUGGUGUAUCUUGUAGCAGUAGCACUUGUCCUCCUCCAAGUGGGACCACAAGAAUUCGCAAGCGUAAAAGUCGAUGGGACGAGCGAGGUGAUAUUGAAGAUCCUUCUCCUCAAACUCCACAAAAUCCAUCUGCCGCAGUCAAUAUGGAUCUUGAUACUCUUCAUCCCGGCUUCUCUUCUCCUUUUGUCAGGGCAUACCCGAAAGGAAAAUUCAAUUCUCGUAUUCCUGUCUCUUAUGGGAUUCCUUUACCCAUUGUACAACAGUUUGGCUACCAUCAAACCCAAACUGAAAGACCCAGUAGUUGGAUUAUUGCUCCGGGCAUUCCUUUCCAUUCUUUCCCACCUUUACCGCCCCUUUGUCCAUCGAACAUGAGAGAUCAUCAUCCUCUCUGCACAAUUUCUCAGCCUCAUCAACAACCUCCAAUAGCAUUAAAAACUCAGGGGAACUCUUAAUUAGUGAGAACUUAAGGGAAUGGGUGAAAGAAACUUGACAAGGGAGGGAGUUAACUCCCAACCAAUAUAAGAACCAAUAUGAAAGCAUUUGAAAUACCUUUUUCUUAUUUUCUUUUUCUGAAAAAUUAUAAGAUUACCUAUUGGAUUAUUGAAUGUAUAUUUGACAUGUUUUUAUUUGUUUGCUUCUCCCUAUAUGUACUAUAUGUACAUUU